ACCGUCUUCAAUUCCUCAAUUACACCUCCACCUUUUCUCUUCCUGCACUGCCAUGGCUGAUACAGACAAUUACUCCUCCUCUCUGCGGAAGCCACGGCAUGUGGCUAGGAAGUUCCAGGCGCGGCCGCAGCGCGAAGGCAACGGCGCCGUCGUCCGGAGAAGCAUCGGAAGGUUUGAGUUGAGGUACUUCGACCCUUUUCUUGUUCUGGAUGAGUUCUCAGUUUGUGCUCCUGCUGGAUUCCCUGACCAUCCUCAUCGAGGUUUUGAGACCGUCACUUACAUGCUAGAGGGAGCAUUGACACAUGAAGACUUUGAAGGCCACAAGGGAACGAUAAAGGCCGGCGACCUGCAGUGGAUGACCGCCGGCAGGGGAAUUGUGCACUCUGAGAUGCCUGCAGGGCAAGGGGUCGCCAAGGGGCUGCAGCUUUGGGUCAAUCUCUCUUCCAGGAACAAAAUGAUCGAGCCGAAAUACCAGGAGCUUCAAAGCAAGGACAUAGCUUGCACCAACAAAAAUGGCAUUGAGGUUCGUGUUAUCGCAGGUGAGUCGAUGGGAAUAAAUUCGCCGGUCUACACCAGGACUCCGACCAUGUACUUGGACUUCACACUGAAGCCUUUAGCGCAUCUUUGCCAACCCAUCCCGCCUACUUGGAAUGCAUUCCUCUAUGUCCUUGAAGGUGAGGGUGUGUUUGGUGUUGAAAAGUCCGGAUCGAUUGGAACGCACCAUCUUCUCCUUUUGAGCCACGGCGAUGGACUUGAGGUGUGGAAUAAGUCGGUAAAGCCUUUGCGGUUUGUGCUUAUUGGCGGUGAACCAUUGGGCGAACCGGUGGCGCAAUUAGGGCCGUUUGUGAUGAACACGGAGGAAGAGAUCGAUCAGACGAUCAAUGACUUCCAAUAUUGCGAGAAUGGAUUUGAGAAGGCCAAGUUUUGGAGGUCGGAGGCAAUGAUAGCCUCAGAAGGUUGACAGUAUCAACUUAUGAUGUUGAAUGUUUAUUUGUUGAUACAAAGUAGUAUUACUAUGUAUCCACUUCGCCUAGUUCACUUAAGACUAAACCUUUCAUUCCAUCAAGAAAAAUAUUCUUUAAAUUUAUCCAAGAAAUAUCGUGUUAAUGUUAAGAUCACAUUGACCAAGUGUAUUCAAGAAACUUCGUGUUCACUUAUAGUGUAAUUUUGUCUUAAAAAUACCAUUGAAUUCA